AUAUCAUGUUAUCAAUGUUAUCAUGUUGUUUUUGAUCCGAGGAGUGAACAGUGGUCGGACAGAAUAGUUUGUAGACGUAGUAUUUGGUUUAACGGCUACUACUGCUGCAGUCGACAGAUUCGUAAUAUUCCGCUAGAAAAUUAUAUUAUUUAAUAUAUUAUUAUACGUAUAUUUAUUAUUGUUUUUUUAUCGUUUUAAACGUAUUUUAUAUUUUACUCAUACGGUAUGGUAUUACUUAUACAAAAUACUACUCCGUAGAACCCAUUUGGACGUUUUUCGUUCUAGUCUCGGCGGUGAUUUUCAGAAAAUUCCAUUUAAAGUAAUUUAUUCUCGCGUAUAACCAAAGUUACUAUUAAUUACCUACCACUAUGAAAUUUAAUUCACGACACGUGUCUCAGAGGUGGGUGAUGGCUGUGAUGGGGAUGAUGGGUCUCACAAUGGCGUAUGUGAUGCGGGCCUGCUUAGGAAUUACGCUCACGCAAAUGGUCAAGCCCGUGGUGGUGGUGGUGGAUAGAGGUGCGAAAUCCGUUCGGCAUGAUUACUGUCCAAUGCAAAAGUCGUCGUCGCAUGGUCACCCAAAGUCCAACAGGACAGUAAUAGUGGAGGGUGAGUUCCAGCAUCGGUUCGAUUGGGACGAGAAGACGCAGGGUGAGAUUCUGUCGUCGUUCUACUAUGGUUACAUACUCACGCACUUACCCGGCGGUGUAUUAUCCCAGAGGUUCGGUGGCAAGCACACGAUGGGAAUAGGAAUACUAUCCACCGCAAUCUUCACGUUGAUGACUCCAUAUGUAGCGAACAUGGGUCCGAGGCCACUGACAAUUCUUCGGUUCGUCGAAGGACUUGGAGAAGGAACUACUUUCCCGGCUCUCUACACGCUCCUGGCACAGUGGGCCCCGCCUGAAGAAAAGGGAAGACUCUCUACAGUAGUGUUUGCAGGUACGCAAAUAGGUAAUAUUUUCUCAAACUUCUUGAGUGGUUUCAUCAUACAAUACACACCCGGCGGUUGGCCGAAUGUCUUUUACUUUUUCGGCAUAACCUCGUUGAUUUGGUUUGUGCUCUGGUGUGUGCUCGUUUACAACGAUCCAAAAUCCCAUCCGUUCAUAUCAGACACGGAGCGUGAAUAUUUAAAAAAGUCAAUCGGAAGCCUAGAAAGGAAAAGGGAAUUGCCCUCUACGCCAUGGAAGUCCAUAUUAACGUCGUGGAAAAUAUGGGCACUGAUUUUUAUUGAAGUAGGACAUGAUUGGGGUGCUUUUACGAUUAUCAGCGAUCUCCCAAAAUAUAUGAGUGACGUUUUACAUUUUUCCAUUAGUGAAAACGGUUUAUUAUCGUCCGUCCCAUUCAUUGCACAAUGGGUUACGUCGAUUUUAGCUAGCAUUUUGGCUGACUGGCUGAUAAGCAAGCGAAUAAUGACCGUCACUGCGGUCAGAAAAAUUUUUGCCAUUAUAGGAAAUGUCGGGCCUGGUAUUGGUGUAAUGUGUGCUUCGUUUGUCGGAUGUGACAAAAUGAUAGCAACCCUAUGUUUUACUUUGGGUAUGGCACUAAUGGGAUUCUGUUAUCCCAGCAUCCGUGUCAAUUCACUCGACUUGUCACCCAAUUAUUCUUCUACUAUAAUGGCACUAGUCAACGGUAUUGGUUGUUUAUCAGGAAUGGCUACUCCAUACAUCGCUGGAAUUCUCACACCAAAUAGAACGGUUUUAGAGUGGCGGCUUGUAUUUUGGAUUAUGAUGAUAGUAAUGACAUCAUCAUCUGUGUUGUAUGGGUUGUUUGGAUCCGGUGAGUUACAACCAUGGGACGACUUAGAACAACAUUAUCUAAAAGAAAAGGAAAUAUCUGAGAAGGGAUUGCCUAUGGAUGAAAGAUUAAGUAUUAUUCAUUCAAAAUCCAUAGAAGAUGGAAAAUCGUUAAAUAAUUAGAAUCCUGACUAAUUAGACUAACAAACCUAUCCUACAAUUAUGAAAAAGUUAGUGUUUUGUGAACUUUUUGUGUUUAAAAGUAAUUUUCUAAUGAAUUAUGAAAAGGUAGUGGUUUGUGAUGCUUUUGUGUUUAAAAUCCAUUUUCUGAUCUUUUUGUUUAAUGUGUACUGGAGUGUCCCAUAUUCUACUAUUAAUAAUAGAAAUAAAAACAAAUGAUUUCUUUCAAGAUAUAAAAAGGUGGGAAAGAGGGUGUCACUUUGCUGUACAAUAGGUUAUAAGCGGGUCACU